AUGUCGUAUUCUGGCCAUUCUAUAUCAUUACACGCCCUCACACCUUUAACCAGCACAGACUCUUCGCCGCCAGGCAAGUUUCCCAGCCCGCGCUCCGCAAAAAUCUCGAAUGAGACGCUGCACACGACCGGCGCUUCCUCGCACAUCGCGCCCAUGGGGCAUAUGAAUAACUCUACCGGCACCAUGACACCCGUGCAUACACCCCCAGAGACGAAAAUCUCCACACGGCCCGAGGAUGGCAACAUGGGCAUGCGCAUAUCUUACGAUCCUCUACUCGAUCAAAAACUAGAUUCUAAAAGGAGAGCGAGCAGCAAAGUGAAAGCUACAUACAAGGAAAUAAUCGAGAAGGGCGACCCAUCUCCCCCGCCGGAUCCUCGCCUCGCAAUUGCUGGCUAUACCUCUGGCAAGUACGUCGUUAAGACUCAAGGUACAGGUCCCUUGAAAUGCAAACUACGCAUCGCGCCCUAUGUCGCCAAACCGUAUCCUUUCGACAAGCGCCUAUCAUGCGCUCCUGAUGCUCCAACUCAGGUGGUGGUGAUGGGUUUCGAUCCACUGGUGCCUGAAUCUCAGGUGCGAGCCUUCUUCACCGGUUUCGGAAAUGUCGAGUCCGCGAAAAACCAAGUCCACCCCGACAAUGGCAGUCCAUUGGGAAUAUGUCUGAUUAGGUAUCGCGAUUCCUUGGGGUCUGGUUCUCGAAGAAUUGGAGCAGUUCCGGCCUCUGAAUCCGCCAAGAGAGCGGUGAAAGAAGGCUCCGGCCAGCGGAUAGGUCUGAAGCAGAUAACAGUCAGAUUUGAUCGUGAGGGUCGAAGAUGCAAUUCCCUUGUUACAAAAGCUGUGGAACAAAGCCGCAAGGAGGAAUCCAGACUGAGGGAUAAAAUGGCCCAGAAGGCGGCUCCUUCGCCUAUAGUGACAACAGAUCUUCCAGCGAAUGUGCCAAAAGGACCUUCAGGGAAAGGAAUCGCCAUGCGACCCCCAGCAGCUGGUUCGAACACACCCACACAAUUCCCGCAGCCAUUUGUCUCGCGAAAGGCGCAAUGCUCUCAUCUCAUCGAACAGCAACAUAUCAAGCCUCGGCUGAAGCGGAAACCGUACAUAUUCAUUGCGCAUGCGUAUGUGCCUGUAUUAGGGACUACGAUCGAGCACUUGAAGAAGCGAUUAAAGAGCUAUGAAUGGACAGACGUUCGCUGCGACGAGACAGGAUACUUUAUUACUUUCCACGAGUCAAGGCGUGGCGAGGAGGAGACGGUCAGAUGCUUCAAAGAAUGCAAUAUGGCUGCUCUUUUCACAUAUGUCAUGAAUAUGGAGUGCAACCCUUAUGGCGAUCCUGAUUACGAGCGAAGCCCUAGUCCGGAACGAGUUGCAGCUCAGCAGAAACGCCAGGCGGAGGAAGACAGGAUUAUCCAGGAGGAGGCAGACGACUUCGAAUUCGAGAAGAAGCAGAGAGCCGAUAACCUUUGUCCUGUUCAAGGAGCCAUGGAAAUGGUCAAAGCGGAUGUGUUGGAGCGGAUAUUGGGCGAUAUCAAGUCUCGAAUUGCAGGCACCGCUCUGGUUGAUGCAAUGGCGCCGGAGAAGCACGCAGCGAAGCGACGGAGACUGAAUAUCCCUGACCCACAAAGCAAAGAUGAAGUGCGUCCUCCAACGCUUUUCCCGGGUCUGGCAGAGUCGCCAGCAUAUGGAACACCCCAUUCCCGGGGCGCUGGUUUCUCGGGCAGGCAUGGUCGGAAAGCACUUGGGCCAUUUGAUCACAAUCGUAUGCGUGGGAAGAAGUUUGCCAAACCGACAAACGUGUACGGCGAUGAGCGACGCAAGAAGAUUGCUCCAAAACGAACAAACGUGCGCGGCUUGCAUCACCAGCUAUUUAUGAAGGAUGACGAAGAGGAUUCCGAUGACGAGGGUAGAAGCUCAUUCACUCGCGACACCGAAGAGCAAGAAAGCCGCCCUAUCAGCCGUGCUCCGUCUACUGACCUCGACGACGAGGAGUCUGCUCGUGCUAAUCGCCUCAAACGACGACGAAUCGAAGCUGGUUGGGGAGAAGAUAGUGACGAUGAGAUGAUGGACGAUACUCAUGCUCGUAGUCUGCUAGCGCAUCUGAUUCACAAGGAUCCCGAACACAUGGCGGAGAAGGAAUUGGAACAAGUUCUGGCGAUCCUGCCUCGUUCUUCGCCGAUCUGGAAGAAGGCAGACAAAGCACUCAAGGGUUUCAGGCGACUCCGAUUGAUCGAGCAAGAGGCGGACGAGAUAUUUGGCGUGGAACCUGGUGUUGAAACGAGCGUUGAAGCCAAGCAACAACCUGAAGUCGUCAUCAAGCUGCUCGACGAAGAUUCUGCGGUACCGAUCCAAAGCCUGGAAACAGAAGAGUUGGCCAAACCAACGAAGAAGAAGGCUGCACCAACGAAACCGAAGAAGAAGACGAAGAAGCAACUCCAGGAAGAAGCCAAGGCCGCAGCAGUCCAGGUCACAGAAAUCACGCGUCCAGAGGAAGAGCUUCCGGAGGUGGAGGAACCCAAAGCCGAACCCGAGGUUGCCGUCUCUGAGAGUGAAGCAACACCGGAGGAUGAGCGUGCAUCGGUUCAAUAUGGUGUUUCGACAGGUCGUCCUCGACCGACCGUGGAAGAUGAUCUCAGCGUUGUGAUGGACAUUGAUGGUUGGCAACAUCUAGUCAAAGACGACGAAGAUCUUAUCCAUCUCAAGAACGCUCUGCAAUCAGUCACCCCUGCUAAAGUUGGAGAUGUCCAGUCCUGGGCAUGGAAGCAAAAGCAGAUCAAGCACCUCAAUCGACCCGGCGAAGAGGGCGUCUCACGCACCGAAACAAAGAUUGAAGGAUACUACGUUCCUAACUCCACGGGCUCAGCAAGAACCGAAGGAGUCAAGAAGAUCCGCGAAUCUGAGAAGUCUAAAUAUCUUCCUCAUCGCAUCCGCGUUCAGAAGGAGCGUGAGGAGCGAGAGCGUCGUGCUAAGAACGAGCAGCACCCUAACACAGUGGUGGAAGGCUUCAAGUUCAGCGCAGGCGUGAAGACGACUCAGACUUCCAACUCCCGUGCCAAUCGUGCAAACAACAGACGUCUGGUGAACGACAUCAACAUCUCGAAGAGCAUGACCGGUGCUGAAGGCGAUGCCAUGCGCUUCAAUCAACUGAAGAAGCGAAAGAAGUUCGUCAAGUUUGAUCGUUCGGCUAUUCACAACUGGGGUCUGUACGCUCAGGAGAACAUCACUGCCAACGACAUGAUCAUCGAGUAUGUUGGUGAGAAGGUUCGUCAACGUGUCGCAGAUCUGCGAGAAGCCAAGUAUGACAUGCAGGGAGUCGGUUCGAGCUAUCUUUUCCGUAUCGAUGAAGAUACGGUCAUCGACGCGACCAAGAUGGGUGGUAUUGCUCGAUUCAUCAACCAUAGCUGUACGCCGAACUGCACGGCAAAGAUUAUCAGGGUGGAUGGCACCAAGCGAAUUGUCAUCUAUGCCUUGCGGGACAUUGGUCAAGACGAAGAACUCACGUAUGACUACAAAUUCGAGCGUGAAAUGGAUGCCACGGACCGUAUCCCAUGUCUGUGCGGCUCUGUUGGAUGUAAGGGCUUCCUCAACUAA